ACAAACUGGUCAAAAUGUCUGGAUCGAGGCGACACCGCAGCACUUUGGGAUACUACGAGUACUUUAUGCCGGGGACCUAUGACUAUCCGGUGAUCCAAUGUGCUGCGAGUGCAAACCGUUCCUACAAUAUGAUGGACCCACUACUGACCAGUGCCUCAUCCACUUGGUCCUUUCCCGAUGGAAACGCCGCCUAUGUAGCAGGGCCAAUGGGCGUGAUCAAUUACCUGUCGGAUAUGCAAACGCACUUGGCUCUGCCAACCAGCGAGAAUGCUGAAACUGGUCUGAUCUGUACGACCAUCGAAACCCAUUCAUGUUUCCAUGAGCAACGUACACAAUAUGUUCAAAUGGAGAAUGAACUCACCGAUGAUGAGGGAUACGGCUACGAGAUUCCCGAGCUUCAUCUAUGCUUCAAUCAUUCACAUUCGGAGUCCGGCGGAGCUGAUGAAUCCGGUGAUUCGCAGCGUACAUCGAGUAGUUGCUCAUCCGUGGAGAUCAGCGAGCAGUCAGAAUCGGGGGAAUAUGUUAAAUCCGAAUCGGUUCCCAGGAAGCGAAGGAGGAAAGUGCCGAAAAAGCGCAUCUAUACAGCCGAGCAGGGUUACGUGGUUGAGGAACCCACCAGCGAACCAUCCGAGGAUGAUGACGAGCCACUGCCACCCACCAAAUCCAGAAAAUAGAUAUCUCUGCGUAUUCGAAAAGUUUCAGUUCAGCGUUGAAGUUCGACUGUAGACCUAUAUAUAUUUUCAGAAACGUUAGCCAAUUUGAUUUAUCGUUGCAUUUUAUAGUGAUCAAAAUAUAUAUAUUUUAUACAUA